GGGUUCAAACCAGAUGGAGGCUGGGCAACGAGCUGGUCUGCCUUCUGCCGCUGCUUAACAACACAGGGACGAUAACACAGAGAAAGCAGAGGACCCCGGGCAUCACUACAACGCUGGUCACCGCUAGAAAACGUCUGUCAUGAGUUAAAGGGUAGUUUCGCCAACGGUACAGACCCACAUGUUAGCUAAAUGAGGUUUGACAGGCUAACGUCAGGUUUAGCUAUCUUCAAGCUGUCUUCAAGUAGCUAACGUUAGCUUCAGUGCUGGCUACAAGUGCUGCCACUAGCGGCUACAGUAGGGCAUGUCAACGACAGCUUGUGAGAGCUGCUAGCCUUUGGAAGUUGCUCAUUGAAUCAUUGUGGCCAUAUGGCAAAAGGCGUCAGCUAGCGUUAACGGUACUUCUUUAGCCUGAGCUGGCAGCCGGUAACGUUAAAUGCUGUGAGCAUAUCGGUCUGCUCACUCCCUCUGUUUUAGAAACGACAUGACAGAAGCAAAUGGCUUUUACUCUUUAAUUAGCCGUUUAAGCUAGCAAUGCGUUCUACAUUAUUUCAGAAUAACGUUAGUUUGCCGGCGUCAGAUUAUUGCACUCUGUGGUACAACUGUGCCCUGCCCAGCAGCGUCACUCGUAGCAUUGCGCAUAAUGAGUGAUCAUUAUGUAAAAGUCAGUAUUCAACUCGAGGAAAUGAAAUCAUUUGGCGAGGAUGCAGAGAAGGAGGGUGUGGAUACUGAGGAGCAGGUGCCAGUGUGUUCUCCCUCUGCUUCUGUCUCACCACCAGACCCUUCCAGCACCACCAUAGCUGGCAGAGAUGCGUCCAACACCUCCAUCACUUGUAAACAUAGGGGUAAAAGUCGAAGUAAGCUGGGAAAAGAUGACAAGAACUCUUGUGGCAAACACACCUCAGAUGUUUCAUUGCAUGGGUCUGUAGUUUCUGCUCAUGUUGGGAGAAAUUUGAAUAGACUAACGCAUGAUCGGACACUUCACGUCAAAGGAACUGGAAAGAUACUGCAAGGCAAAUCGGAGACUAAUGGGAACAAUGUAACCGUCCACCCAUCCAAAAACAUUCAAGAAACACGCCGUGAGGAUGGAUUCAAACAUGCAAGGAAAGGAAGACCAGUGACGGUGGAUAUCUCGAAAGCCAAAACCUCGUUGGAGGCACUGAAGUUAAGCAUCAAACAGCUGAAGUGGAAAGAGUUUCCUCUGGGGAGACGAGCAGCCUGUGAUAUCUACUGGCAUGGCGUUUCCUUCCAUGACAAUGACAAUAUCGUCUCAGGGCAGGUGAACAAGUUCCCAGGAAUGAUUGAAAUGCUGAGGAAGAUCAACCUGAGUCGGGCAGUGCGGACUAUGCAAGAGUUGUUCCCAGAAGAGUACGACUUCUAUCCCCGUUCCUGGAUCCUGCCUGAGGAGUGCCAGCAGUUUUCCACACAGAUUCGCAUGGUGAAGGAGAACGAUGCCACAAUAAAUCCCACCUUCAUUGUCAAGCCAGAUGGGGGCUCUCAGGGGGACGGCAUCUACCUCAUUCGUGACCCCAGUGACCUAAAACUCAUGGUGGGUACACAGGCCAAACAGGCUGUGGUCCAGGAGUACAUCCAGAGGCCCUUACUCAUUGACAAGCUCAAGUUUGACAUCCGCCUCUACGUGCUGUUAAAGUCCCUGGAGCCGUUGGAGAUCUACAUUGCCAAGGAAGGCCUGACACGUUUUUGCACCGAGCCCUACCAGGAACCAAGCCAGAAGAAUCUGAGCCAUGUCUUCAUGCACCUGACAAACUACUCCCUCAACGUCCACAGCGGCAACUUUGUCCACUCGGACAGCCAGAGCACAGGCAGCAAGCGCACUCUCUCCAGCGUGCUGUACAGGCUGGCAGCUAAAGGCGUAGACAUCAAGAAGGUGUGGUCAGACAUCAUCGCCCUUGUCAUCAAGACUGCCAUCGCCGUGGUACCUGAACUUAGAGUCUACUAUCAGUGUGAUAUACCACCUGGCAAACCGGGACCUACUUGCUUCCAGAUAUUAGGUUUUGACAUCCUGCUGACAAAGAACCUGAAGCCUGUAUUACUAGAGGUCAACUCUAACCCCAGUAUGAGAAUAGAACAUGAACAGGAGGUGGCACCAGGAGUUUUUGAAUAUGUUCCCAGUCCGGUCGACGAAGAGGUCAAAGUUGGUGUGAUCAGGGACACCUUGCGCCUUAUGGACCCUGGCCACAAGAAACCUUCAAUUUCCCAACACGGGGAGGAGAUUCCAAUGGAGGCGGAGACACAAGAGAGGAGUCCGGAUGAAGGAGCUCUGCCCUCGCUGUGUCUGAAGCAGGUCUACCCAAAGUACACCAAACAGUUCAACUACCUGCGGCUGGUGGAGCGGAUCGCAUCUCUAUUCAUACGCUUCCUCGGGGUCAAGGGAAACAUGCGUAUGGGGCCCACCGCCUUCCGAACCUUCAUCAGGACCUGCAAGCUGAGCAACAGUAACUUCUCUAUGGCUUCAGUGGACAUCCUCUACAUAGACAUCACACGUCGUUGGUCAGGAACGAUGCCCGAUUCUAGAGAAGCAGGUAUGGGACUACAAGCAUUUGUGGAAGCCUUUUUCUACCUGGCAGGUCGGAGGUUCAAAUCCCUGGUGCUUAGGGAGCAGGUAGUUUCACUACUCCAACUGUGCGAGGCUCAACUGGAGUCCCAGUCUGGCGUGGAAGAGAGGCGCUCUGUGAGCUGCAGCAGGGCAAUGCCACGGGCCGUCAGGACGCUGGGCCUCACCAACCCUCAGCUCAACUCUCCGGCUCCGCUGCGAAGGGCUUCCAGCCAGGACUACCGGCUGCAUCAAAGACUCAAGCCUCGCACACUCAGGGCCAAUGUGGAGAACUGACGAGAGAGGGCUCCAACUAGGCAUCCCACUCCCAAAGACUGCCUUUAGCCUUCUCCACAGGAGCAGGUAAAUUAGAUGUCCAUCUCUCCUCUGAAGCUCCCGCAAGGAGGGGAUGAUGGGAGCUGAGAGAAGGACUUGCUUGAACCCUGCUGGCUGAUUUGCAAGAGGACUGUUCUCAGACUGAUUGCUUUUUCUUCAGAGGAGGAAGAUGUCUACGGGGGGUGGGUUGGAUCAUUUCUUCCUCCCCUCCUGGUGUGAUCAUAUAUGAACAGCGUGGUCCAGUCAGGAGGGAGGGUAUGGCUGCUUUUUAAUAUACUUACUGAUUCUACAGGGCAGCUAUCUGCUUCCCUUCACCUUUCUUUGGCAAUACCCACACUCAAACAAACUUCUUUUCAGGGAUAACAUUAGACGCUCCAGCUUCACAUUCAAUGCAGUUAAGGGAGUGUCUUUAGUGUGUGUAUGAUAUUCUUGAAUUUGCACAACUCUUUGAACUAUUACAUUUGCACAUAAAUGGAUGACUGAGCAUUUGUGUGGGCAUAUUGUGUAUGUCUGAGUGCGUGUGUACUGUACUGUAUUUAUUUGUGUUUAGCUCAAUGGUGAAAGACUAUUACAGCCAGUGGCCCAGCUGUGCGUCCUAGCUCCAUGAGUCCAUUAGUGAUGAGUGAAGUGAAUAAGUAUUCAAUGGGAAAAGGCCGUGCCGCCACUUAUCCUCUUUCUGUUCAGCAGCUAUUUCAGUCAGGCAGCCCUCAGACCUCCAGCGAACACAUUUUUUAGGAUGAUUACUUUGUAACCACACAACUGCCAUUGGGAAUUAGUUAUUGCAUGGCACAACAUUUUACAAUUUACUCAGAUGCAUUGUUUCUUAAAUGUAAUUCAGUUAGGUUUUGUAAUUUAACCUCAUCCAAUGUUUGAUGUAGCUACACACAAAAUGACUGCCAACCAGAAAGGUUGUAGAUUGUCGUAGAUCGUCGCUGUUAUUUUUACAUUAUUUACACUACAGAUACUCAUCAGAACAUUAAUAUUUGAAUUGUAUGUUUGUUUGUUUUACACCAUGACUAUGAAAGGAAUUAAUCACAUGCUGACGAAGAAUUAAGUGUGAUGUGUUACACAAAAGAACAAUCAAAUGUAUCACUAAAAACAGCUGCAACGUGUGCAGCAGUUUAACAGACGGUAAACUAAACAUGUUUUCUGCUAAUACGUACUGAAUGACGAACAUAUUUAACUGCAGUAUGUAUUUGUUAACAUGAAGUAGAUUUAUGAAGUUAACAGUGAUCCAUUAUAUGAAUAAAAUGUAUUGAUAGCACUUCAAAAAAUAAAAAUAAUUUUGCUCUUUGAA